AUGAAAGUGUUUGUUGCUGUUCUGGCUCUCGUGAGCGCCGUCUUGGCUGCUCCUGCUGACGUUAGCACGCCCAAGUUGGCCUUCGUGAAUGAGAGGAUCACCAAUGGACAGGACGCCGCCUUCGGCGAGUUCCCCUACAUCUGCUCCAUGCAGUGGGUGCUGAUCACCGCCUCCAGUCACGUGUGCGGAUGCUCCGUGAUCAAUCCCAACUGGGUCCUCACGGCCGCUCACUGCUACACUGAGAUUCCCAACAUUGGCCGCGUGGACGCCGUGUGCGGCAUCACGGACCUCACGGUCACCGGCACGCAGCAGCGCCACACGAUCAACCCGCACAUCAUCCAUCCCGACUAUCCUGGCGGCGUGGCGCCCAAUGACAUCGCCGUGGGCCGCCUGGCCGGCACUCUGACAUUCAACGCCAACGUGCAGCCCAUCAAUCUGCCCGCCCAGGGACAGGCGCCCAUCCUCGGCAACGCCGUGCUCGCCGGCUGGGGCUCCACGUCCACCACCAACGUGCCCAGCAUGCCCAACCGUCUGCAGCGCGCCAACAAGCCCGUGCACACCUUCCAGCAGUGCUGCGACCUGCUCAACUCCGUCAUCGCCGGCGCCUGCAACAACCUCGCCACCAGCAACGUGUGCGCCGGCGGCGGCCCCAUCAGCGCCUGCGGCGGAGACUCCGGCGGCCCGCUGUCGCAGCAGGUCGGCGGCACCUGGACGCAGAUCGGCGUGGUGAGCUGGGGAGUCACGCCCUGCGGCACCACCGUUGCGCCCUCCGUCUACGUCAUGGUGUCCUCCUUCAGGAACUGGAUCGACGCUAACAUCAACUAAGCGAUCACACUCUCUUGACCAAAUA